UGAUGCGAAACACAUGUGUCAAGGAAACGAGAUGAAUGUUUUUGUUGGAAAGUUUAAAUCUUUUUUUCUCUUUUCUGAGAAAAAAAGUUUGGGUUUUGUCAGAAAGGAGAAGAAGAAGAGAGACCAAAGAGGAGGUUUUUUGUAUUGGUAGCAACAACAAUGGCGAUUCGGUUCGAAUCCAGACAGAGGAAGUAGAAAAGAAAAGUCUCAACUUUCUCUUGUUGUCUUUUUGUGUUCACAUUCGACAAGGAGAGGGGAAGACGAGUGGCUAUUGGUUGAGAAUCGUGGGUGUUGAAAUAUUGAUUCAUUUAUUUCUUCUUUAACAAAAAUCCAAAAAAUUAAUUAAUUCAAUUUAGGGAGAUUGGUUAUUUUCUCAUUGAAUAAUGGAAGUAAAUAUGUGCUAAUGUGGUAAGUUUGGAUUUUUUUUU